AUGUUCAAUAAAUCUGUUCUUGCAGUGGCCGCACUGGCGCUCGUCCAGGGUGUUCCCGGGCUAGCGAGAGCGACAGACGAACAGGAAACGGUCCGAGUGACGACGUCUGAAACCAUUCGACGUGGUGAGCUUGUCAAUAUUCAUUUGGAUUGGCUUGAUCAUAGCUCUAGCACCAUUAAAGCCAUUUACGCCUCGUGUGAUGGGCAAAAUUCCACCAAAAGUGGACAGACCAUUGGCCGUUUUUCAAGUCCCGGCGAGCCUCCCCAAAGACUGGCUUGGGCAGUGCCGGAUAAUGCCCCGACAAACCAAUGCAUCUACAUCCUUGGCUCUGAUGAUCAACUCAGACCUUCAAGAGUUUUGGGCAAAAGCGAUCCUAUCCCUUUGCAGAAAUCGCCCAUGAAACGAUCAACAGCAGAUUCCAACAUCCCACUGCUGAAGAAUUUUGAUGCCUUGGGAGCCUGGUUUGAUGGGGUUGCCAAAAUCAAGGAAAAGGUGAAGCAGGGUGGAGGAGUGGCUUCGAAAAGCUCCCCCAAGAACACUUCGAUCGCUAUCGUGGGAGGUGGCAUUUCCGGACUUGCCACAGGUCUGAUGCUCGACAGCGUCGGCAUCCACAACUGGGAAAUUAUCGAAGCCAGUGAGCGCGUUGGAGGCAGAUUUCGAACGAGAUAUGUCGCGGACACACAGGAAUGGGCCGAGAUGGGACCCAUGAGACUUCCCCGUUCGGUUACCUACAAGAACGACAACGAAACACUCUUAUACACAGAUCACCAGCUGACCUUCCAAAUGGCUGAGACCUUGAACAACAUGAACAACAACGAGUCGCGGUGGAAGAUCGAUUUUAUUCCCUGGGUCCAGCACAGCCCCAACGAGCUAAUCGCGCAAGGGACCCGCCGCCAUCCCGACGGAAGAAUCCCAACGCGGGGUGAAAUCGAAGACGAUCCGAGCUUGGAGGAUGCGCCGGCGAUGACAAGUGCGCAGUACACCAACACUGAAGAUCAAAUGGACAAGAUCCUCAAAGAUGAAGCCACUCUCAAAUCAAUACAGAAAGAUGUCUGGAGGGCCCACAAAACUGCUAUGGAUCAAGGACUUGACGACUGGAGUGAGCAAGCAAUGAUGCGUCACGUCUUCAAGGCCAGCGAGAAUGUCACCGACGAGAUCUGGACAUCAUCGGACUACGAUAUCUUCUGGGAUGAGCUGCACCACAACUCCAAUCUCGGUCUGGAUGGAAGCAAAGACAGCAUGGGUGAGACAGAGUGGGUGUGCAUCGACGGAGGAUUCAACAGGCUGUCCGAUGCUUUCCUCCCUCACGUCCAGGACAGACUCACCCUCAACCGAAAGAUCAGAAAAUUGGAGCCUAUCCAGGACAAAGAUGGAAACACCCGCACUCGACUGUCAUGGUACCCCAGUGUAUCCAACCGAACAUACGAGUCUAGAGAGUACGACUACACUAUCAUGGCUGCACCAUUCACCAUGACCCGAUUCAUGGAUCUUCCCAAAUUCUCCUCCGUCCUGGACCGAGCAAUCAGCGAAGCCGGUCUACGCUUCAAGUCCGCAUGCAAAGUUGCACUGCUAUUCUCCGAGCGAUUCUGGGAACAGGGCGACCGACCCAUUUUCGGAGGGUACUCUAAGCCAGAAAGCAAGUCUGUUGGCGCUUUGUAUUACCCGGUCUAUGGACUCAAUGAGUCACGCCCCGGGUUGAUAAUGCAUUACCGAGGUGGAGACUGGAGUGAUCGGUUCGUCAGUUUCUCUGACGAAGAGCACGUCCAAACAGUACUCGACGCCGUUGUCAGUCUGCAUGGUGAGAAGGCCCGGGACUUAUACACUGGCAAUUACGAGCGUCUUUGCUGGCUUCAGGAUGAACAUACUGCCACUUCUUGGUGUCGGCCAGAUGUUGAGCAGCAUAAACUCUACAUUCCGGCCUAUCAUCAGACGGAGCACAACACUAUUUUCAUUGGUGAGCAUACUGCGCCGACACAUGCGUGGGUUAGUUCUUCGCUCCAAUCCUCAGUCAGAGGGUCUGUUCAGUUGCUUUUGGAACUUGGAUUAGUUGAUGAGGCAAAAGAGCUGAACCAAAAGUGGAUGGGAAGAUGGAUCAAGCUGUAA